AUGCAGCUGGGGCACCCCUGGGACUGGUUCUUCUUCGGUGUCGAGGGUCUAACUUCGAACUUCUGGGGUCUUCGUUGCCCAGAAGAUCCAGAGCUCACCCAGCUACAUCUGGACAUUGAAGGCCUCUCCUUGAGGGCCUGGGCCACUGCCUCUUCCACCGCCGCUGCGGAGGCCCCAGGCUAUGCGGGCCUAGUUGGGCCAUCGAUGCUUGCUACAGCUCUUGCAGUGGGUCUCUUGGACACGGGUGCCAGUGGUUACGUGACAGCCACAGAAGGCGAGCAGGCCGAGGAUGUGGAGCAUGGGGCUCUGCCAAAAGCUGCCCGUCAAAAAGUAGGCACCAAGGCAGACCACAGGGCUCUUGCUUUGCAGGUCCAGGCGGUUGCGCAGAAACAGGACCAGUUGCUGGGUGCACAUUCGGGCCCCCCGGACCCGCUGGGAGAUGCUGGCAACUCUGCCACCGCCGAGCCUCUUCUUCCUGCCGCUCGCCCUCUGUUGCGGAGACCGCUGUCAAGGGUUCCUCCUCUGCAAGCCACGCCGAAGAGGCUGGCCGAUGUGCUGGGCCCGCCUCCUCCAGUAAGGGUGCACGCGUCACAGCUUUCAGAAGAGGAGCCCCUGCCUGGCAUUUCCACCGAAGAGCUCGUAGAAGACACCAGCGGCAAUGCCCUUGCUCAGGCCAUGCUCCUCCAGGCCCGGGCUCUGACCUUACUCGUGGGCCAGAUCUCGACGGCCAGCUCCGACCCCCUCACAGACCUUCAGAGCACCCAAAAGUCUUUCCACGAAGGGGACGCUUGGACGUCAAAAGCUGCAACAAGAACUGGCCCAACGGACGGCAGCUUCUUCGAGCGCGCCUACCAAGCAGCAGCCAGACGGAUGGAUCCAACUGUGUCAAGUGCCCAAGCCGCCGAGCUCUCCCAGCAAGGUCCCGUGAUGCAGAGAUACCUGGAAAGGUAUGGAGGCUUCAGCAAGAACAAGGAGCUGGGCCUUAUCCAGUGGCAACUCACCCUAGCCCUGGACCUGUUCGCCAAGAGAGAAGCCAAGGGUGCAGAUACGAUAGCCCAAAUCAUGAUUAUGGUGAAGCAAUGGGCAUUGGACGGCCGGAGCGAUCUGGCUUGGCUGUUAACGUUGCAGCCAGAUCCACCGAAUUCAGUCUUCCAGGACGACCAACAGAUUGGCGCAAGCUCUCUCAGGCCUUUCAGCUCCCUGGCCGACCAGAGAAUCAUCGCUACCACUCUCGCCUACGUAAAAGAGCUGGAUGCUCUUACAACAAAAGGGCAAAGUUCUCAAAGCCGAAGAACCAGCAGCCGUCUGCACCCCGGGUGGACCCCCCGGCGGCUCAGAGGACUUUAG